CGUGCAAACAAACGCAUAUGAGAGAGCAAUCGGAUGCCUGCUGCGGUGGUGGGCUGCUGCAGCCGCAUGCCCUGCGAAGCCCUAGCUAUGCGGCAACAUCUGUGCGCUUAUUGCUGUUCUCGCGUAAAAUACGCCAGCGCAGAAGCAUCCUGAGCGCUGUGCGGCAUCGCUGAAGGAAGCGGCAACGCCUUCAAAUCUGAAACUACGGCGACGAGGACCCCUGUGCGAUUCUUUCGUUUUUCCACGCCGUGCAUUGGGUCCCUCCAGUGAAGGAUGGCCGCAGUAAAUGACGGAGGCGACGGCGAUCAUGCCGCCAAGUUGGCGGUGCCUUUGGGCGAAGACACAGGCUUGAUCUAUGAUGAACGCAUGGCAGAGCAUCAGAGCCUGUGGGACAGCCGGCACCCAGAGCGGCCCGAACGGCUGACGGCUAGCUACCAGCGCUGCGUCGACUAUGGCUUGGUCGACCGUUGCUUCCGUAUACCUGCCCGCAUGGCCGAGGAAGCUGAUAUUCUGCCUUUACACGAGGCAGCACACUUGGGGCAGCUGAAGGAUACGCACGGAGAAACGGAUGCCGAUGCUCUGGAGGCCCUAUGUGCACGCUUUGACUCGAUCUACAUUCACCCGAGGACGUACGAACUGGCAUUGCUCGCGGCGGGCUGCACCAAGGACCUUGUGACAGCUGUCGUCCAGGGAAAGGUGAGAAAUGGUAUGGCCCUGGUCCGUCCACCUGGCCAUCAUGCCAUGCGCAAUGAGUACUGCGGCUACUGCUUCUUCAACAAUGUGGCCCUGGCGGCGAAGCAUGCAGUCGACGACCUCCACCUGAAAAGGGUUCUGAUUGUGGACUGGGAUGUGCAUCAUGGCCAAGCCACACAGUAUGCCUUCUACGAGGACCCCCGGGUUCUGUACUUCUCCGUGCACCGCUACGAGCAUGGCGAGUUCUGGCCUGAACUGCGAGAGUCGGACUUCCCUUAUGUGGGCAGGGGUGCUGGUGCGGGCUACAACAUUAACGUACCUCUCAACCAGGUGGGCCUUGGGGACGCCGACUACCUGGCCAUCUGGCACCAAUUGCUGCUUCCGGUGGCUUACGAGUUCCAGCCAGAGCUGGUGCUGGUAUCGGCGGGCUACGAUGCUGCUCUUGGAUGCCCUGAGGGUCUCAUGCGAUUGUCACCGGCCACCUAUGCUCACCUAGUCCACCCACUGAUGGCCUUGGCAGGAGGUCGCGUUUGUGUCGUGCUUGAGGGCGGUUACUGCGUACCAUCCCUUGCGGAAGGCGUGGCGUUGACCCUGCGCGCUUUGUUGGGGGACCCCUGCCCAAGCCUGCCGCAACCGCUCGGCCACGUCAGUGACAGUGUGACGGAAACCCUGCUGAACUGCGUGUCGGUGCUGAGACCCCACUGGAAGAGCCUCCGCAUCCAGCGCACCAGUGGCACGAAAGGAGCCGUCGCCGGGUCAGCGCAUCUGCCACGAUCCGAGUACCGGGGGCAGCUGGGCGUGCACCGACCCGAGAAGUUCCCCACGCGCAGCUGCUACUAUGAGCACCCACCCGAGGACAAGGAACGGCUGGAGAGGGAGGUGGAAGCGCUGAGAUCCAACACCAACCUGGAAGUGCCGCCUAACCGAACCGCCCUGGCAUACGACGAGCGUAUGGCAAAACAUCGCUGCCUUGACGAGAGGGGCCACCCAGAGCGACCCGAGCGCAUACUCAAGCCCUGGCAGGUGUUGGAGAGGCGUGGACUGCUCAACCUUUGCCUCUUGCUUGAUUCUCGGUCGGCCACUGUGGAUGAGUUGCUGUUGGUUCAUGACAAGAAGCAUGUGCAGAAGAUGCGCAGCUGCCAGGAGAUGGAGAGUGCCAAUCUGAUAAAGCUGCAAGAGAAGUACUCUUCAGUCUACCUCUGCCGUGAAACCUUCUCCAGUGCUCUUCUGGCAGCUGGCUCUUUGCUACAGCUAGUCGAUGCUGUCUGUACAAAUAAGUGCCAAAAUGGCAUGGCUCUCAUACGGCCUCCUGGGCACCAUGCGGAGCGGGCCGAGGCUGGUGGCUUCUGCAUCUUCAACAAUGUGGCCAUUGCUGCGAAGCACGCCAUCGAGACACACGGACUGCAGCGCAUACUGCUGCUGGACUGGGACGUGCACCAUGGCAACGGAACGCAGCAUGCCUUCUACGAUGACCCCCGGGUGCUGUACCUGUCGAUCCACCGGUACGACAACGGCACAUUUUUCCCGUGCCUCCCAGAAGGAGACUAUGGGGCCGUUGGCGAAGGUGCUGGCCAAGGUUUCAACAUCAAUGUGGCCUGGAAUGAAGAGGGGAUGUCAGACGGUGACUACCUGACGGCCUUCUUCCAACUGGUGCUGCCUGUUGCCUAUGCGUACAAUCCUGAGCUAGUCCUGGUGUCCUGUGGCUUCGACAGUUGUGUCGGGGACCCGCUGGGAUACUGUCGGGUGACGGCCGAGGCAUACGCCCAGCUGACACACCUGCUGCUGCCCUUGGCUCGAGGCCAUGUCAUCCUCGCACUCGAGGGCGGCUACAACCUGUCCAAGCUUCCUUCUGCUGUCUGCCACUGCGUCAGCGCCCUCCUGGGACAACGUCCGCCUCAGCUGCGAUCCUCUGCCCCUUGUCAAAGUGCAGUGCAGUCCAUUAGGCGAACACUGGACGCCCACCGGAGCUACUGGCCCUGUCUCCGCUACUCUGGUUAUGACCUGCCAUCAGAGGAGUGGCUGGCAUCCAAUGGCCUUGUACCUGAUGGCGAGCCAACGUUGAACCUGGAAGGCCUGAGCCUCGAGGACAACGAGGAGGCUCCAUUCUGCAUCCAACCAGAGACAUGGUGCCCACACCUGGAAGGCCUGCCCCCUCUGCCACCGGCAGGCCUGUGCGACCCCCGCAGCCCUUGCAUGACGUGCGGAGUGCGCCGCGAGGUCUGGACCUGCCUCCACUGCUUCAAGGUGUUCUGUAGCCGCUACGUGAAUGGCCACAUGGUGACUCACCACGACGAAACGCAGCACCCUCUGGUGCUGAGCUACUCGGACCUGUCUGUCUGGUGCUACGGCUGCAACUUCUACAUUACGAAUCCGGUCCUACAGGCCGCCAAAGAAGAUGCCUACCUGAAGAAGUUCGGCACUAUUGAAUUUGUUGCGUGAUUGCAGAGAUUGUUGUGUGCAGUAAAUAUUUCUACUACUAAG